AUUGAACUCGUUGGUUCGUUUUUUUUAACUUAAACCCAAGACAUAUUCCUCAAAAUGUAAAGUGUGUUUCUAUUAUUGAUUUCACGAGGGAGCUUUUUAUUAAUAUUUCAAUUUAUUAUUUACGUGAAGAACUGAGAAAAUCAAAAAUAAAAUAUCCUUCCGUUACAUUACUUACCAAUUCUAGUCACUAGAAAAAUCCCACUGCAUUAGAUUGUAUCAUUAACGACUUUAUUAUUUACCACGAAUUUAUUAUGAAUCCAAUUAUUUCUGCUGCUUCUGUGAUUGCUGCUGGCUUUGCCGUAGGACUUGCUUCUAUUGGACCUGGGAUUGGUCAAGGUACUGCGGCGGGUCGUGCUGUCGAGGGGAUCGCUCGACAGCCUGAGGCGGAGGGAAAAAUACGAGGCACUUUAUUGCUUAGUUUAGCUUUUAUGGAAGCUUUAACAAUUUAUGGAUUGGUUGUCGCAUUAGCUCUUUUAUUUGCAAAUCCUUUUAUUUAAUAUUUUUAUUUUCGUAGAAAUAGGAGAAUUUGUUUUUUUAAAUUAUAUCGAGGUCAUAUGAGCCGACCAAUUAUUGUGUCGAUCUUUUAUGUUCGUCUUUGAAAGGAAUUGGUCUGCUAAUCCGUUUCCAAUGGAUUCCCACUUUUUCAGAGUAAAAUAGAGGCUACCUA